UAACUUACUAGCGGCGGUCUUACUGUUUGCCAUUCUACUCGUGUUUAAUUUUUAUUUCUCACCUGUAAAAUUUAAAUUAAUUAAAUAAAUUAAGUUCAUUUGGCCAUGGCACACCUGCGGGAAACCUCAGACAAGGCGCUGAAGCUGUUGCGCACGUUGCCGCGUGUGCAAAUCGGAAAUCUUCGACCGAAUCCGAACUCCAAACAGAAUGACAAGCGUGGCAGGGCGCAGCACGGCGGAGAUAAGCACGGAGCGGGCAACAAGGGAUCCGGACAGCGGCAGAACUUCAUGCGACUGGGUUACGAAACGGGUAAUCAGCCUUUCUACCUGAGAUUUCCCUACGAGCCUUACUACAAAGGACACCACAUGAAGCGCCAGUAUCCGCCCAUCUCGCUGCUGCAGCUGCAGGUGCUCAUCGACACCAACAGGAUAGACAUCAGCCAUCCCAUCGACAUCAGCACUCUGUGCAAUUCCGGCCUCCUGAAGCUUAAACCCGCUGAAAUGGAGUACGGAUUCCAGCUCACGGAUGACGGGCUGGACAAUUUUCAGGCCAAGAUCAACAUUGAGGUGCAGCACGCCAGCGAGGCGGUCAUCGCGGCUAUAGAGAAAAACGGCGGGGUAAUCCGUACGGCUUACUACGAUCCCCGCAGCCUGCAUAUGCUGGCCAAUCCAAAGAAGUGGUUCCAAAAGGGAGUGCCCAUUCCCAGCCGAAUGCUGCCUCCUCAGGACGCAGUGGACUACUACACGAAUCCCAAGAACCGGGGCUACCUCGCUAAUCCCGAGGAGAUCAGCCAGGAUCGCUUGGUGCUGGCCCAGAAAUACGGCUACCAGCUACCCAAAAUUGAAGAUGAUUCCGCCUACGAUAUGCUGACUACUGCCAAGGAUCCCAGGCAAGUAUUCUAUGGCCUGGAACCCGGAUGGCUGAUCAACAUAGUGGACAAAACAAUCAUCAAGCGCAAGCAAUAAUUAGUUGAGUUUGUUACUAUGCAUUUUGUUAAAUAAAGAAAUGGAUUACAAAAA